AAAAAUGUUAGAUACAUAUUUAAUAAAUGAUGAAAAUUUUAAUUAUUUUACUUUAGUUCAAAAAGAGGUUGUAUAAGACUCAACUAAUGGCACUUUAAUUGAAAAACCUUUAAUAUAUUCCUUCUCGUUUAUUAUUCGCAAUGCAAUUAAAUGUAAUAACUUAAUCCUCGAGCACCGAGAUCCUUUAAAUACAAACAAAACACCUUCAUGUGAUUCAGUUUCAAGGAAUAUUAAACACGGUAGUGGAAAAAAAAUGGUGGAAACCUACUUUAAGCCCAUCUCGACGCAAGAUGCAACAACCUACCUUUAUAAGGUCUUUCGAAUUCUGGGAAUGGAUAACCUUAACCGCACUUGGGUAUACAAGAUUUAUUCUUUUGUACUCAACUUGGCAUCUUCAGUACUUCUCAUGAUUGCUUUUUCAACGAGCUAUGCCAAGUCCAUCCGAACAAUGUCUACACCGACUUUAUUAACUUCAUUACAAGUUGCUCUUAAUAUCGAUACUAUUUGUAUAAAAGUACUUAUUGUGUAUUUUUAUAUGCCAAGAAUUCGAAAGACAGGACCAAUAUUAGAUGAAUUGGACAAAAUGAUUUCUGACAAAGAAGAGAAACUAGUUGCAAGCAGAAUGAUAAGAUUUUGCAAAAGUUUAAUAGUUGUUUACAUGGUUUCUAAUCUUUCUUAUGCGGCCACUACGUUCUUGGCAUCAGUUUGGAGUGGACAUCCACCGUUGGGAAUCUUUAUACCUUAUUGCCAUUGGGAAGAUUCGACAGUAAAAAUGAUAGUAGCAAGUUUGAUAGAGUACUAUCUUCUUAACGUGGCAUGCAUACAAAAUGUAGGUCUAGAUGUGUAUCCUGUUACUUUUAUUUACAUGGCACGAAUGCAUAUGAAAAUUUUGUGUAUAAGAGUGGAAAAAUUGGGAACAGAUUCCAGGAUAUCAAAGGAAGAUAAUGUGAGAAAACUUGUGGAGUGCAUUGAGACGCAUAAGAAGAUACUUGAGCUUAUUGAAACUGUUCGACCGAUCAUAGCGAAAACAAUAUUCAUUCAAUUGGUUGUAUCAGCUCUCAUAAUGGGAAUACCAAUAAUCAAUAUCAUGAUGUUUGCUGAUAGUUUGUCUUCAGCUUUUGGAUCACUUAUUUUUCUAUUGGCAGUAACUUUGGAAACACUACCAAUGUGCUUUACCAUGAAUGUGUUAAUGGAAGAAAUUAACAAUCUACCAACUGCUAUAUUUCACAGCCAAUGGGUGGAUCAGAACAAAGUAUUUCGUAAUAUGUUAGUUUUGUUUAUGCAAAAGGCACAAAAAUUCGAUAAUAUAAUGGCUGGGAAUAUAUUGCCAAUUGAAGUGGCUACAUUUAUUGCGAUAGCUAAAUUGGCAUUUUCAAUAUACGCAGUUGUAGAUAAGAUGGCAGACCGUAGAUCAGCACUUGCUACUUUGGGGCAGAAUGCAUAAACUUCCUCAUAACGUAGAUGCUAAAACUGCAGAUAUAAAUAUUAUUAUAAGUUAUUAUAACCUUUAUCCUUUGCAUAUUUACAACUCUUCAAUUGAAAAUUACGACAACGAUUAUUUGGUCGACAGAGAUACAAUUUUUCACGCAUUUGAUUUUUUUUAAUGGCUUUAUUCUAGGACUUUGGAUAGUAAAUAAUA